AUGGCCGAGGACGGUGUAACAGAGCUUGGCGAGAACGAAAGAGGUGAAAUAUGGGUCAGAGCCCCCAACGUCAUGAAGGGCUACUGGAACAAGCCGGAAGCAACCAGGGAAACUUUAACAGAAGAUGGAUGGCUCAAAACUGGGGAUAUCGGUUACGUGACAGAGCAGGGGAAAUUUUUCAUUGUUGACCGGAAGAAGGUAACGAGGCAUCGCCAACUGUACUCUUCUCCACAGACUCCGCUAACUCCAGAUUAUCCUAAUGCAAGAUAUUUUGAUAGGGACGGUGAGGAGUAUCCGCGGGCAUAUAUAACCCUGAAAGCCGGCGCAAAGGCAACCGCAAAAGAAAUCAUCGACUACAUGAAGCAAAACGUUGCUCCCACGAAACGAAUCACUGGCGGAGUAGUGUUUGUCAAGGAUAUCCCUAAAAAUACAUCAGGAAAGAUCCUUAGAAAAGUUCUAAGAGAGAGAGCUGCUCAGGAGCUUCAAGACGAACCACUCCAGGUAUCUGCCAAACUCUAG